AUGGCGAAUCUCAGAGAGAAUUGUGUGAUAAAGUUGAGAGAGAAUCCCAAGAGACGAAAGGAGACGGUUUACGUCGGAUGUGGUGCUGGGUUCGGCGGCGAUAGGCCAGUGGCGGCUCUCAAACUGCUUCAGCGAGCUGCGGAGAUUAACUAUCUGGUCCUUGAGUGCUUAGCCGAACGAACCUUGGCUGAUCGGUGGCUCUGUAUGGCAUCUGGCGGUGAAGGCUACGACCCUCGUGUUUCAGAGUGGAUGCGUUUGUUACUACCUGUGGCUGUGAAGAAAGGCACUUGUAUAAUCACUAACAUGGGUGCAAUUGAUCCCUGUGGGGCUCAGAAGAAAGUUGUUGAGGUAGCCAAUGAAUUAGGGCUCACAAUUUCCGUGGCUGUGGCGCAUGAGGUGCAUGCUGAAACAGGCUCGGAAUCAUCUUUUGGCGGUCAACGUUGCUCUGAGGGGGGUACCAGCACUUAUCUUGGAGCAGCUCCUAUUGUUGAAUGCCUGGAGAAGUACCAACCAGACGUGAUACUUACUUCAAGAGUGGCUGAUGCAGCCUUAUUUCUAGCACCAAUGGUCUAUGAGCUAGGAUGGAACUGGAAUGACUUGGAGCUGCUAGCUCAGGGAACUCUUGCUGGCCACCUUCUGGAGUGCGGUUGUCAGCUCACUGGUGGGUACUUCAUGCAUCCAGGUGACCAGUAUAGGGACAUGGCUUUCCCUCUCCUCCAGGAAUUGUCACUUCCUUAUGCAGAAAUUGGCUAUGAUGGAAAAGUAUGCGUGUCAAAGGCUCAAGGUAGUGGUGGCAUUUUAAAUACGGCUACUUGUGCCGAGCAACUUCUAUAUGAAAUUGCUGAUCCUAGUGCCUACAUUACACCCGAUGUGGUAAUUGAUAUUGGAGACGUUUCUUUCCUUCCCCUGUCAGACUGCAAAGUACAAUGUAUUGGAGCAAAACCAUCUGUCAACACUGCUGUGCCUGAGAAACUCUUGCGGUUGAUUCCAAAGGAGUGUGGUUGGAAAGGAUGGGGAGAGAUAUCUUAUGGAGGACAUGGAUCUAUUCAACGUGCUAAAGCUUCAGAGUUUCUGGUUCGAUCUUGGAUGGAAGAAACCAUUCCUGGUGUUAACCACUGUAUCCUUGCUUAUGUGAUUGGGCUUGAUAGCUUGAAGGCAACAAGCAACGGCGCUGAAUCAUCGUGGCAGUCAUGUGGGGAUAUUAGAUUACGUAUGGAUGGUCUUUUCAAACAGAAGGAACAUGCGGUGCAGUUAACGAAAGAGUUUACUGCUUUGUAUACAAACGGACCAGCUGGUGGCGGUGGAAUUAGUACCGGACACAAGAUGGAGAUUGUUCUUGAAAAGCGUUUGGUCAGCCGUGAAUCUGUAAUGUGGAAAACUGGAGUUGAGCACACCAACAACACAUCAGAGUCAGAGGAGGCCCCUUUAGUUCAUUUUCCAGUUGCUCGAGUGGAACUCCCAAAGAUCCUUAUGGAAAUUCCAAAUAACCAUACAAUGAGAGGCGAUCAAUGGAGGGAUUCAUCUCCUGCUCCAUCUGGCCAGAAGAUCCCACUCUACUCUGUUGCUCAUAGCCGCGCUGGUGAUAAAGGAAACGACAUAAACUUCUCACUAAUCCCACAUUACUCCCCAGAUAUCGAUCGUCUGAAACUCAUCAUUACUCCUAAAUGUGUCAAAAAGGUCAUGUCAGUCCUGUUAUCAACCGAUGAAGAUGUUUCGGUAGAGAUAUACCAUGUUAGAGGCAUUCAUGCUUUGAAUGUUGUCGUACGGAACAUAUUAGAUGGUGGGGUCAACUGUUCCAGGAGAAUUGAUCGACACGGAAAGACAAUCUCAGAUCUCAUCUUGUGUCAACAUGUUGUGUUGUAA